AUGAAUACCCCGGUCUCGACUUUGCUAUCCUUUCUCUUUGUGGGGGCGCUUUGGGGCUGCACCAAUCCACUUAUCAAGCGAGGAAGUAAUGAUAACGUGAUGUACACUCGUAAGGACAAUAGUAUAGAAGAGUUCGUCAAGCAAUUUGUGGGGUUAGUCAAGAACUGGCAGUUCCUGGUACCAUUUGCUCUGAAUCAGAGUGGGUCUGUGGUAUACGUUUACCUACUUGGAUCAGUAGAUAUUUCAAAUGCUGUUCCAAUUUCCAACUCGCUUACGUUCGUGUUCACCGCAAUCACGAGUCGUCUCCUCGGGGAAAAGCCUCAACGCCCUAGAUCAACAUAUACUGGCAUGGUUUUAAUUCUUCUAGUGUACCACAUCAACGUAUUGGCGAUGGGCAGUUCGUCUGAUGAGAGUGAUGACGACUUCGUUCCUGAAGCUGACGAAGAGCAGGAUGGUGACUCGAUAAAUACAAGCAAAGCGAUGGACGAGCAUCGCAGCGGUACAACUGACUCUCAUUUGGACAAACUUUGGGAUGACAUGAAUGCGUCUACUUCGGUCUCACAGACGGCAGCAAUCAAGACCUCAAAGCUUCUCAAUGGUCUCAUUAAAAAAACAACACGCUUAGCCGAUAAGAAGAAGAAACAAAAGCUGCAUGAGUUUUCCAUACCCAUUUUAAGCGUGGACGUUAAGAGGUCGAGGAAAGACUUGGCAGAGGAAACUGUGAUUGAUCGCAAAAUGGAUCGAAUAAUCAAGUUUGCUGGAAAAGAGUACACUGUAGCAAGUGCUGCUAGUGGUACGCGGGAAAAAAAAGGUCUAGAUAAGGUGUUGGAGUCGCUCGAUGAGCCGAAAAAGGUGUCGACAAUGGUGAAAACGUCGCUUGACUGGGACAAGUUUAAAGAGAAGGAAGGGAUUGAGGAUGAACUUACGCACUACACUAAGGAUGGGUAUCUUGAAAGGCAGGAAUUUUUACAGCGUCUUGAUCUCAAGCGCUUCGAGCUUGAAAAGGCUGAGCGUGACAAACAGCGCAAACUCCAGCAGCAUUCGAAAUAG